AUGGAAUCAGGAGCCCAAAUCAACUCUGAGCACAGCUUGCGACAUCUGUGGCAUCAUCUGAGUCUCCCCGAGGUGGCACUCGACUCAAUUCACUUACCCAAUGCCAACUCCAGACUACCAUCAUCAUUCAAGAUUGGAGUUUUGGCGCAAUCAUCAAUCGCACUCACAGCACUUCUCGCUGCUCUUGUUCAUUCGAUCCGCAACAAAUCCCAGGUAGUACCUCGCACGACCGUGUCAGGAGAACACGCGGUGGUGGAAUUUAAAUCCGAGCGACUCUACAUGAUCGACGGUGAGAUCGGUCGUCCGCCCUGGGGCGCGAUCGGAGGUCUGCACAAAAGUGCCGAUGGGCAUGUUCGGGUUCAUGAUGGCUUUCCCGUCCACCGUGAUGGCGCACGCGCUCUUCUAGGAUGUAGCGCUGAGGCAGACAGGGCAGAAGUGGGCGCGAAGAUCGCAGAGUGGAACUCUGUCGAGCUUGAAACUGCUGCGUUCGACGCCGGCAUAGUGAUAUCCGCAUUGAGGAGCUAUGCUCAAUGGGACAUCCUGCCACAGGCGAAAGCCGUUCAUGACUUUCCUAUCAUUGUUCGAAAGAUUGCUGAUGGGCCGGUCGGACUACACAAGCAUGUUGCUGGUGCAGGAGCAGAUAAAUGUCUACAAGGGCUGAGAGUGGUAGAGAUGAGUCGGGUGAUUGCAACGCCUGUUGCUGGAAAGACUUUGGCCGCGCACGGCGCGGAUGUUCUUUGGGUCACAAGUCCAACCCUGCCUGACCAGCCAGGACUUGAUCGAGAUCUCGGCCGAGGGAAAAGAACAAUAAGGCUGGAUAUUAAGGUUGAAGAAGAGAAGGAAAAACUUUUUGAGCUUGUGGAUUCGGCAGACGUGUUCCUGCAAGGAUUCAGGCCGGGAAGCCUGGCGUCUCGAGGAUUGUCCUCAGCAGAACUGGCUGCCAGAUGCCCUCAAGGGAUCAUCUGUGCUAACAUGUCCGCUUACGGUCCAGAGGGCCCGUGGAAAGAGAAGAGAGGGUUCGACUCACUGGUGCAAACAUGCUCUGGAAUGAAUGUUUCCGAGGCAGAACACCACGGUAAAGGCGAAGCUGCGCUGCCGAUGCCAUGCCAGGCUCUUGACCAUGCAGGGGGGUAUUUCUUAGCGGCGGGUAUCUUGACGGCACUUUAUCGUCAAGCCACGGAAGGCGGUUCGUAUCAAGUUGAUGUCAGUCUCGCGGGGGUCAUGAAGUAUCUCAGAAGUCUGGGGCAAUAUCCGGGUGACUCUGGCUUUCAGUGCAAAGACUUUGACACCCAAUAUGAUGUUCCUGAGAAUUGUCUGGAAGAGCGAGAGUCGGCUUUUGGUCUUUUGAAAUCUGUACGGCAUUCUGCAUCGAUCGAGGGAGUUUCAGUAGGUUGGGAUGUCAUGCCAAAGCCGUUAGGUUCGGACAAGGCUGAAUGGCUGUCUCACUCAUGA